UUUUUUUAUUUACUCUGUUCGUUUUUACCAUUCUGGGAUGACCUUAUUCGAAUACAUCUUUGUUACAAUGAUAUUUAAUUUACUUUUACUUUAACAAUGCAAACUGUGAUACUUAUCGCACAUCUUCAUUUAUCUCGUAUCAACACGGAUGUGGAUAAUAUUUAUGAACCGCAAAUAUGGUCCAAAAAUGAGGGUGGCAAAUGUUAAAACCUUCGUUGCAAACUGCCAACGAGAAUGCAAUAUAGAAAAUGGUAAUGCACCUGCCACCUACUUGACCGUUACUAUGGCGAGCCGUUUUUGUUUACCAAACAAUUCGUUGUUCUUAGCAACGUAAAAUGCCACUCCAGUUCCAUUACAAACUCUCAUCACGGUCUGUGAUCGGAUGGUGGUCAUAUUUUAUCAGAAAGCUCUUGGCCACUUUUCGCUUGUUGUUUGUGUUUUGUGUGAAGUCGUUGUAUUUUUAUCAAAAGAGAUAAAACAUGAGUGAACUAAACUCGAUGGAAGUUGAUACGACGGAAACAAUACAGGACAUUGCCGUGAAGUUGGUGACGGAGCAACUGAAAAAUGAAUCCCGGCUUGCUACAUCGCCUACUGAGCGUACGGUCUUCGUGCUUGGAAGCAAAGGAGUUGGCAAAUCAACUCUGAUCAAUAGAUUUUUAGAUCGAGAUGAUGUACCGCGUCCAACCCUGGCUUUGGAAUAUUCGUUCGGUCGCAAAACUGCAUCGGGACAAGGAGCACAGAAGAACAUAUGCAACGUUUGGGAACUGGGAAGUUUGGCUAACUCCAGCCAGCUAAUAGAAAUGCCCCUCCGUUCACAUGGGCUGCAGACGUUCUCUAGCAUAAUUAUGCUGGAUCUUUCGCAACCCGAUCGACUGUGGACCGAUCUGGAAAGUGUACUGAAUGGUUUGAGGCAAGCCACCGGGAAACAUGCCGCUCCUGGACAGAUCGAAGAAAUGAAAUCACUGACCGCCCAACGCAUCGGUAAAGAACAUCCCGAUCUGAGCACUUUAGAAUUGUUUCCCUUUCCAAUCGUUAUCGUCGGUGGUAAGUACGACGUUUAUCAAAAUUUGGACUCGGAAGUACGCAAACAUGUCUGCCGAUGUUUGCGCUCCAUUGCUCACACACUGGGUGCUGCCUUGGUAUACUAUUCCUCGAAAAACUCUUCCCUCUCGAAGCUGGCCAGAGACACGAUGAACCAUUUAGGUUUCGGAAGUCCUUCAAAUCCCUUUCGGUCGGCCGCUUUUGAUCAUUCGUCACCACUGACCAUACCGUUCGGUGCGGACUCUUGGUCACGCAUCGGUGUUACGCCUAGCAAUUCCGAGCGCAUAGGACACAGUUUUAGUACUCAAAUCCCUCAGCUGCCUUUAGCAAACAGUGCCAUUGUGCCGGACGAUCCAGCGAAGGAUGCCGGAUUUAAGGAGGUUACGAUCGACGAACUGCGCUCACAGAAGAAUGAAGAGCUAAUGUACGUGCUGAAGGAUACCGAGAUACGAAUGAAGUUCGAAGUGGUCCAGUAAACUCUACUUCCGCUUGAUAAUUGUGGAACAGCAAACGGAUAGCAUUAGCAAAAUGAAAAUAGAAAACGUUACGCAAUUGAAUCUCAGCAAGGUGAACAACCUUGUCCGUAGCCGACAGAGCGAAGAAAUCAACGACAAAACACAAACCGCAUAAAAAAUAGCCAACCCUUACUGCAGCACACGGGGAGGAUAUGAGUGGCCGAGGAGUAAGUGGUGCGAUCCAUCUAUCGAAAAGGAUGUAAAUAAAAACAGUUCUUUCGUGCAGCCAUAGAAAUGUAAGCGCAUGUGCGACACAUGAUAGGAUCUGGAAGAAUUUCGUGCCACACACGAUAUCGCAUAAAAGGAAUUAUGAAAAUGCCUUAACUACUGCUCCACUACUGAGCGAACUAUAUUACAUCUCUGCCUUACAGCUCAAAUCCGACAAAUUAACUUUAAUAAACAAAUUAUCGUAAAAAUGAAUAUUUAAAAUAAAAAAUAAUAAAAAGUCAAUAAUUUCAAAAAAAUAAUAGUAGUUAACAAAUGUGUUAUGGAGAAAUAAUUAAUCAUGUGAAUCACGUGUUUCGCACACUAAACAUAAAAAGAUCUAGAUCGUAAAAUGGCUUAAUUUCAAACGCACGACGAGAAAAGAGACAUUGGUCUAUACAUAUAUAAAAAAAUUUUUAAAAAAAAUGUGACUGUUAUUACAUUACUAUUUGAUUUACUGCAUAUCGACAUUGCCGCAAGUAAUUGCUAUAAUCAAUUUUUAAUAUGUGAUUUCCUACAAAGCAGCAAAACAAAUGCCCCACUGCAUGUACCAUCUCAACGGAAAUGUGCUUCCUAAAAUUGUAAGUAUUUGCUAG